GAGAAGACUCACCAGGGAAGAUGGCGACCGCAGGGUCCGCCGAACGGCCUGCCAGACCGGCCAGCGCCGCCACCGGCAGGCACCGGUCCGGGUCCGGGCCUGGAGCUGGGAGCGGGUCCGGGUCCAGCCCGCCAGAGACCGAGGCGAAGAGGUGCUCGGUGUGCGCGGAGGGGCAGCCCGGCGGCAGCCCGCCCUGCGGACACCCGGCCUGUCCGCUGUGCCGAACCCAGAGACACUCCGGCGGGGAAGAGCGGCUCCGGAGGAGGAGUGACCCCGAGAGGAGCAGCAGCAGGCCGGGCAGGAGGGACUGCGACAGCCGGAGAGAGUUCUUCGUCUCUCCUCUCAACCCGAAGUGUUCAGACGUUUUAUCGGCACCGAGCGGGAAGCACAAGCUGUUGUUGUCUGAAGACCGCGAGGACGUGAAGAGGAGGAACGAGUCACUGCGACACGAUGAAGAGCCUGGAGUUCUGUCGGACUCGGAGAACGAGGAGCCGAUCAGCAGGAGGAUCAGAAACAUCUCGGCUUUCAUCAGGAAAACCAAAAACUGUGCAGCCUUCACUGGUGGUUCUCAGAGGAGUCAGAGCUGCUCUGACCCGGUGGAGGACCGAGGAGGGAAGCUGAAGGUCGUCACCCAGCCGGCGCUGAUGGACCGAGUUGGUAUCAGUCACAGCUACACGGCAGGAAUCCUCCUCUCGUCUGAGAACAGUCGCUCCGUCUCAGCGCCGAUCACCGCUCCCGACCGGAGGCUCACCUGGCGAGCCGUCAUCUCGUCAUCGUCGUCGACUUCUCUGGGCCUCCCACCGCCCCGCCCCGAGCGCUCCAUCAGCCCCGAGAGCAACGACAGCAUCUCCGAAGAGCUCAACCACUUCAAACCUAUAGUCUGCUCGCCGUGCACGCCGCCCAAACGCCUCCCGGAUGGCCGUCUCAUGGAGCCCACCAUUGUGAAGUCCACGCCCAGGAACCUGACCCGCGGCUUGCAGAAGGCCACCAGCUACGAGGCCAGUCCCGCCGUCCUGCAGAAGUGGAGGCAGAUCGAACUCGACCGCCAGAGCCUCAAAGUGAACUCCAAGGCGACGCUGACGAGCCCCGUCAACGAGCUCCACAGCAAGACGGGAGGCGGGGAGGACGGCGGGGUCGGCGCCGCAAAGACUCGUCAGUCCCCAGCAGGACGGGACGGAGACGGAGUGACGGCGGUCAACAAGAGGAGGCUGCUGUUCGACCCGCCUGCCGCAGACUCGGACACCUUCCAGAAACAGUCCGUAAAGAUCCGGGUCCCUGCGAUCCGCUACAGCACCGACGCGACUUUCAGAGGAAGUUCAGACUUUGAGCCCACAGUUGGCGCUCCCGAAUCCGGCAGCGGAGGAACGUUGUUUAGCCGAAAACAGUCGUUCUCGCCGUACACUAAGAACUCUGGUUUCCAGUCGUGUAAAUUAGUGCCAAAGGACUCGCAGAGUCCGAGGAAGGAGUGUGACAGUAGCCUCCACAACCAGUCUACCUCAAGGAGGGGCAAGAAGAGGGAACAGAAGACCAAACACCUGGACGCGGACCGGGACUCGGACCUGAAGAGGAGCCGGUCGGUCAGCCAGGAGGCCCUGGACGAGCGGUACAUCCGUCAGAUCCAGCAGGAGCGUCAGGACCGAGCUCUCGCCCUGAAGCUGCAGAGACAGUUCGACCUGGAGAACCAGACCGUCAACCGCAGGAGGAGCCCCGACACUUACUUCCUGCGGUCCUGGAUGUCCAAUCAGAACCGCAGGAGGUGUGGCUUGAGGAGAUCCCGACGAAUCAACAAGAAGCACUAGAGAGGAGUUCGUCUGGAAGAGGUUGAAAUAUGCAAAGUGACGACAGGUGAAGGUUUAAUGAAUGUGGAGCGAACUUUAAACUCACUGCUGAGGAAAAAGCUCAUAAAUCUUAAAACUGAACAUUUCUUCCAAACAUUGUCUUUUCACCAGCAAAUCACCAAAAUCUGAACAGUCCCAUCAGGAUCUCACUGAAGUAAACUCAUCAGGUUCUGGAGGACAACCUGAUUCAUGUGACUUUAUUUUGGGUAAUAGAUUAAAUAAUGAAUCGAUCAAUCAAACAAAGCCAUAAAUGCUGUAAAUCAAACCUGGCUGAUACCAUUUCUCUGGAUUUAACUGUUGGAGGCAACGGGGCCACUGGAGGUCUGGAGCUUUAGGGGCCACUGGAGGUCUGGAGCUUUAGGGGCCAAUGGAGGUCUGGAGCUUUAGGGGCCACUGGUGGUCUGAAGCUUUAGGGGCCAAUGGAGGUCUGGGGCUUUAGGGGCCAAUGGAGGUCUGGGGCUUUAGGGGCCACUGGAGGUCUGGAGCUUUAGGGUUCACUGGUGGUCUGGAGCUUUAGGGGCCAAUGGUGGUCUGGGGCUUUAGGGGCCAAUGGAGGUCUGGAGCUUUAGGGUUCACUGGUGGUCUGGAGCUUUAGGGGCCAAUGGUGGUCUGGGGCUUUAGGGGCCAAUGGAGGUCUGGGCUUUAGGGGCCAAUGGAGGUCUGGAGCUUUAGGGGCCACUGGAGGUCUGGAGCUUUAGGGGCCACUGGAGGUCUGGGCUUUAGGGGCCAAUGGAGGUCUGGAGCUUUAGGGGCCACUGGAGGUCUGGAGCUUUAGGGGCCAAUGGAGGUCUGGGCUUUAGGGGCCAGUGGAGGUUUGGGGCUUCAGUUAAAGAAUGGAACUGGUCCCAACAUGUCCACCAUCUUCACGUUUUCAUGAGCUUCUUUCAGAACCGUGUCCGGGCUGCUGGACCACGUUGAGGAGACCUGAACCCCCAGUUGUCCUCUGAUGAGUGUCUCUGGAUCCUUCAGCAGCCCAGGAACCAGGACUAUAAAGACCAUCAGACCAAUAACAGUUCUCCCACUACGGGUUCUGGACAGUCUUCCAGUCUGAACAUUUGUCAGACGUUCUUCGGGUGUCGACCCCAACGUGUUGAAGCUCUGGAUGGACUCUCCUCUGCUGAGGCUCAUGGGUACUGUAGUCUUUAGAGCCAUUCACAGAACAGACCUGGAUCAGGAGACUGUGACCCGCCUUGUGUUGUUGGUGUUUGGGGUCCGGAUUUAAAAAAGCUUCCGGGUCCGUUGGAGGAGUCCGUGUUUCAGUCCAGAUCUCAUACGUUCUGGAAAUGAAUGAAUUAAUAAUGAAAUUAAUGAUUAGUUGCUGCCCUGAAUGAACUAAUGUAAAAUCAUGUGAGACAAAUAUAAAAUACCCAAAUAAACAGAUAAAAGACAAUAACAACAAUUAAGAGGGAACAUGAAUAAAAUAAUCAAACAAAUAUUGACCAUAAAUUUACAUUCGUAGUCUCUAAAACAUCCGUCAGUGUUCUACUGAAAUACUCCGGAAACAUAAAGAAGUAUUAACUUUAAGUAUUUGAACACCUUUAAAGGUCCAGUGUGUAACACUAUUUCUAACUUCACCGCCCUAUAAAUGUUAUAUAUACACACAUACAUACAUACACAUAUAUGUGUAUGUAUGUAUGUAUGUAUGUAUGUAUGUACACGCAACAGUGAUUAAACAUUAAUAAAAACACACUCACACAGUUAUUAUAUCUGGUUCCUGGCAGUAGAUCGUCCUCACUGUUACACACUGGACCUUUAAAUCAACCUUCAGGACAGAAUAAAGACGCCGGCGCUGAUUGAACAGGUUGAAAUAUUCAGAUAUAUUUCAUUUCAUAGCAGAAAUACACGUUUAAAGCUUCAGUUUCAGAAUAAAAGCACUUGAUCAGAUGUUUAUUGUGUCAUAUAAAUAGUGAAAAGUAUAAUGUUUCCCUCUGAAGUGAUGAACUGUAGACGAGUUAUACAGAAGCUCGUUUGUGCCAAUGUGACUAAAACAAGGAUUCUGUAAGUCAUUAUAAUGAGAAACGUACUCAAUGUUUGAUUUAAUGUCUCUAAAAUAACAACUUUGUGAUAUUAAAACAUUAUCGUGAGAAAGUUUCUCAUUAUUUUAACUUACAGAAUCUUUUUUUCCGUCACUUUGGCACAAACAAGCUUCCGUAGGAUAAAGUCAGACUCCAGUUAAAUACCAGAACCUGACAACUGUAAGUAAAAGUAAUGUGAAUGUGGUUCAGCUGUUGUUUUACGGUCCUUUAUUGAUUGUGUCAGAUGAUCAUGUUUAUUGAUUUCUUUUGGUUUAUGGACAGAGUUUGAAGUGUUUCUCUUCAGAGACUCUGAAGGGCUUUUUUUACUCUCUACCACACCGAUAUGCACAUUUUCUAAAGUUGUAGUAAAGCUUUGGUCCUUUGGUUGAAGCAGUCUGACGGGUGGGGGGGGGUUAAUGCUGAGUGCCAAAUGACGUUUAUAAUUGUGUACGAGAGGAGACCAACAGAAGAGGACUCUCAACACGUGUUCUGUCUUCUUUUCAUAAAGUUUCUGAUGUGA